UUUAAAGGCCCUCUGGUGUCUGAGUAAAGACCCGCAGCAGAUUGUCAGUAGUACAGUGGGAGCUCUGUGUAUUAGAGAGUCUGCGCGUUACUAAGGGAAGGAGCGGCUGGAGACGGGCUGUGUGGAGCAGUGUAAACACUGAGCUCAGGAUUAGCGCUCUGAUCCACAUAAACUUACCUACAGCACCGUGUUCCAGCAGAUCUCUGCUGAAUGAUCCGCCUGUGGUGAGCUGAGUCUUAUGGCAGAGCUGCACAUAAUCGGACAGAUUGUCGGGGCCAGCGGUUUCCCUCAGAGUAGUUUGUUCUGCAAGUGGGGUGUUCACACAGGAGGAGCAUGGAGGCUCCUCUCUGGACUGAAGGAAGGACAGACGCAAGUGGACAUGCCCCAGAUAGGUGACACAGCUUACUGGAGUCAUCCUAUUGACUUGCAUUACACCACUAAGGGCCUUCAAGGUUGGCCAAAGCUUCACCUUCAAGUGUGGCAUCAGGAUUCCUUUGGCAGAUGUGAGCUGUAUGGUUAUGGUUAUUGCCACAUCCCGUCCAGCCCUGGCCAGCACCGGCUGCAGUGUGCCACUUGGAGACCAUUGGGGACCUGGCAGGAGCAGCUAGCUCAGAUGUUUGUCGGCGGAGGACCUCAGCUUCGCUCUCCUGACCUCAUUUACAGCGGAGCGGACCGAUAUAGACUUCACACUGUUGCCAUGGGCAAUGUAGAGCUGGACCUCUGCGUCAUCCUGCGGCAUUUUGACAGAUACGGAGUGGAGAGCUAAGUGUGGGACACCUUUAGUGUGCAGAUAUAAGCAGAAUGACUUGAGUUGUUUAUUAGGAAUAUAGUGGAGUUGUUAUGCGGUGUGUUAUGCAGUGUAGAGCGUUUUUUAAAAGAAUGGACAUGUAUGAGUCAUUUGACUUCUGGUUUCUGAAUAAGCCAGACCACAGCUCUGGAUGGAAAAGAGGGAAAUGGCAUUCUUGGAUGUGUAUGAAGCAAUGCAGUGAUACGUUCUGUGUUUUUCACCUCACUCUGACUGAUAAUGUUCACUACAGUGCUUUGAUCACUUUUUAAAAAUAUUGAUUUUCUACAACCAAUUUUAUAUGUGAUUUGUUUUUUAAUAAUGCAGUAUGUGUCGUGUUUUAACAGAAGUAAAUGUUAUGGAUUCUUAAAUUU